AUGGCUUCCGUCACUCGCUCGACCAGACGACCUGAAGGCUUCCCACCUCCUCACAUCAACAUCAACGGGCACGCUGCCCCCAUGACACGCGCGACGCCGGCCCUCUUCCACCACCCGCCGCCGCAGCAACAGCCGCAGGCACGUCGCACCAAACGAGGCAUCGAGGCCACCGAAAAACACGACUUUGCCACGGCUAACACCAAGAAGACGAGGAUCGCUGUCGAAAUUCGAGCCCGGCCCGCCGCUGUGUCACCGCAGAAGGUGCAGCCCCCCCUCCCAACGCCACCACCACAACAGCCUCGUCCUGUAGCGGUAGCCGCUGCCCCUACUGUUGCGCUGAGCAACAGGCCCGGUCGGCCGCUCCCUGAAGCAGAUCCCAACGUCACGAAACACAAGGCAAAAGUUAUCAAUGGCAUCAAGCACGAGCUGGAUAGGCUCCAGCCCGACAUGCCUGGUACAAAGGAACCUGGUCGCGAGCCUGGCCGCAAGCUUCGGUCCCAGGAAGCGACUCGAUUCAAGAGCGACCUCUCCGCCUACUUUCCAGACUAUGACGAAGUUAUUGGCAACGAGCCCAAGGAACAACAUUUGUUGAACCUCGACACUCCCAUCAUAAUCGUCGACUCUGGCCCGCGAUGCGCCCCUCAAGUUGGGUCAGCACAACCACAACCAGAAAUGUUCCCUGUCCGAGGAUAUGGCGAUGCACUUUACACCGAUGUAUGCGAUGCGCAGAAAAUAGAUUUCGGCUUUUUGGAAGCACAGUACAAAAACAGAGCACUAGAGGAUCCUCUACCGGACAGCACCUUUGAGCCAAUACACCGACGAGCCGAGAGGGUCGAGAGAUCAAUACGAAACACCGAAAAAGGACGCGCACAACACGAAAAAGAUCAAAUAAUUCGACUGCUAGAGGGUCUACAAGGCCAUGACUGGCUCAGAGUCAUGGGUGUCAGUGGAAUUACUGAGACCAAGAAAAAGAUGUUUGAGCCGGCGCGGGCUCAUUUCAUAAGAGGCUGCCAAGGCAUUCUCCACAAGUUCAAGAACUGGAGCUUGGAAGAGAAGCGCCGAAAACUGGAAAAAGAGCGAACGCUAGCCGAGCAAGCACAGGAAGAACUCAAAGAGGCCGAAGACGACGACGCUGAGGAUGAGGAGAUGGCUGAUGUCGAUGACAGUACCCCGACCCACCAAAGUAGAAGUGAAGAGGGAGGCUGUAUUGAUGAAGAAGACGAAGACACUUUGAUGAACUCACAAGACAAUAGUAGCGAAGCUUCGUCAUCGUCGCCGGCAAAGCAGUUGCGCCAAGAAGCCAUGGCUCGCUCAAAAUUAACGGCGUCGAAGCGUCCCCGAUCCGUUUCGGCGGCCACAACCCCGAGGCAAUCCGAGACGCCAAAAGAGUUCAAGUCUUUUUUUAGUAAGAAAUAUGAACGCGAUGGAGCGCUCAAUAAACAUCGGCGAGCUGGCAGAAAUGUCUUGGCCUGGGGGCAUCCGAUACCGGACAUUUCAGAGAUGGACUUCGAUUUACCAGAGGAUUAUCGCGAUGACGAGCUUCUCAAGGCUAGAGCCAGGAAACGAAGACGAGACAAGCGAGCAAAGCCGUGA